UUUACGCUCUUGAUCAGCACGCACAGCCGGUUCGAGCUACUCUCCGAGCAGCUGUCGUACUACAGCGCGUCGCCGAUGAUCUCGACCAUAGUCGUCACGUGGCACAACAUGAACAUUAAGGCACCGCCCGACGCCCGCGUCAAUGGGACGUAUAUUCGGUUCGAAAGCCCAACCACGGACAGCCUCAACAACCGCUUUCAGCCCUUAGCGUACAUUACGACCGAGGCCGUCUUCAUCCUGGACGACAUCAAGCUGCACCUGCAGGACAUGCACAACAUGUUCGCUGCCUGGAAGGAGAACAAGCAGAACCUCGUCGGGGCGUCGCCUCGCUGGGUCGAUGGUGGUUCAUCGGAGCCCGGGUCUGGCGGGCGUGCUUCCGCGCCGCACAACUUGGCCUACUUAACCCAAAGCGAGGCCUCACCGGACAAGUACGAAGGGUACAGCCUGAUGCUGACGAGGACGAUGAUGAUGCAUCGUGACUAUCUUCACCUCUACACCCACUUCGACCAGCUUCGAUCGCUCAUCUUGUCGAUCGUCGCGGCCGAAUUCAAUUGCGAGGACAUCGGCAUGAACUUCGUCGUGAACGCGGCGAGGUCCAGCGCCAACCCGCCAGGCGCCGACGCUGCGCCCCUUUUCGUACGGCCGCUGCACAGAAUUGGCGACUUCGGAAAGAUGGGCGACACGGGUCUGCACCAGAAGAAGUCGCAUACAACGGCGCGGACGGACUGCUUGAACCAGAUGAACCGAGCCUUU